GUCUCUGGCUGUCCUGGCGGCUUUGUCGUCAAUGUGCUCGGCAAGGCCGGUGGUCUGUCGAUGUCUGGCUUGAACUGGUUCGGCAAGGUAUCCACCUUCGGCGGGUAUGAGAUGAUGGGAUGCGUGUUUGGCAAAAUUCUUGCACGGCUUCUGGUAUCGCGCUCGUGGACGGGCCUGCUGCUGGUCACCUUCUUCGUCGCCUCGUUCAGGAACUUCGCCGUAAAGGGCGAGGUGCUCUGA